CAAGAGUCAAAAAGGAAUAGCAUCCUGGAUGUUGCCUCUGCUGGUCGUGCAAGGGGUAAGCUAGCAGUUUGUUUGUCCUCCUUAAGUAGAUGUCGGUGCGCAUUUGUUAGCUCGCGUGAAGACGCACGUCGUGCCGCACACCACGGACAAAUUUUUUAGUCGGGCCUCGCUGUGGUCGGCACAGAUCAUGCUCCGCGGUGAUAGGGUUCAUCUUCGGAAGCAGGGCGAUGCAGUGCCACGACAACUGCCACUGCGUCUACUUCUCCUCGCGGUAGCUUAUUUCGAGUUCGUACCACGAUCAUGCGGCGCCCACCGUGUGUCCAUCGCAGUCGCGCGCGGUUCCCCGGGUGACCGGAAUAUGGUAAAUGAACCAACCGUACGAAGUGCAAAAGCAUCGUACUAGUAUAAAUCGCAUGACAAAUUUUCUCAGCAUGAAGAAGAAAAUUUGUAAUGCGGAUUUAACCUGUGAAAAAAAUUUGUAAUGCAUGAAUGCGAUUAGUACGAGUACGAUACUUUUGCAUAUGCAUAAACCGAAACAAGAAGCUCUACCGAGGAGCACGUGCUUGACAUUGGCGAGGUUGCGCUUGACGUCGCGACGCCUUCCUAUCCAUAGUAAAUUUCCUGUACACGACGUACAAAGGCUGUCUCUGCAUGACAAAAUUUGCCUUCAAUCUUAGUCAGCAUGACAAGUUUGACAUUCAAAGUUAGCGAAGUUUGUGAUGCAUUUUGUACAUCAUGUACGCGAAAUUUGUAUUGCAUACCCCCUCCGCAAUGUUUACGGCGGGCUGGUCCUCCACUACCGACCACGAGAGCACAACCGCCAGUACCGCAACGACGCACGUUCCUCCGGAACCUGGGGGCAGCAUAUCCUGAGUAAAAACGUCCCCACACCAGAGUCAAGAAGGGAAAUCUGCUAGACAAGUCACACAGUUUUGCUUGUUUGGCAUGGCAAAGUUGUCCUUGUAGUGUGGUUCUGUUUACCUAGCUCAGAAGCAUCACAGAUCUAGCGUAGCAUGCUGAUCCUAGCAUCACAAAUCCCAAAACACGAAUAGAGAGUGCUUCACUUCAUAGGGCUCCGCAUGAGAAACUUUUUAUUUUUUGGCAUGCAGAAUUGCAUGACAGCUCUGGGGUGGGGAUGUUUUUACACGGGAUACAGCACCAACGAACAUCACAACUUCCAGCAGAAUUAUUUUUCUGACGCAACUUCAACAGUCGCACACACAGUGCCUGUUCCCGGCACGCAGCAGACGUUUCCCGUCGUUGGCAUUGCAGAUCUGCAUACCACUGAGGCCAUCACCAGUCCCACACCUACUAGUACUUCAGCAACCACUUCCGCAGCAACGCGAGCAUCAACGUCGACUUCCAUGUACAGAAUCGCAAACGCGUGGUCAACAGCAGCGCAAGGACUUAGAAGAAGCACAGCACGACCUGAAAUUUCGGAUCCAGAACAACCAUCGACUUCUCACGGAUCGCAUAACCCUAGCAGCGGUGAUGCCCCCCCAAGAACGAACGUCGUCCAACAGGUCGUGAUUGGGCGCCCGGCGGGUAGUAGUACUGCAGCAGCAAAUGGAGCUACAACAUCAGACAGGCCUGAUUUUGUCUGGAGGGGAAAUAGGCCUUCGAUACUGUCGCCGAACCCGCUGCGCGACUUUGUCGUUGGGAGACCCCAACUUAGUCACCGGGAUCCCCGACACUUUUUCCGCGUUUGCGGGUGGCGUUGCGGCACCAGCAGACGGGGUGCUGCUGGAGGUUCGUACGAUUCUGGCGCUGGCCCAUCGAGUGGCGGAAACCCCGGCAUGAACGGACGAGAAGCAGGGGCAGGAGGUUUGCACCAGCCCGAAACCUGGGUCCCGGGCCAGCCAGCGAGCUCCAACGCACGAGCGGCCGCUCCACAAGACUUUCAACCCGGGACGGUUUCUGGAGGCGUCCCAAACGCCUUGGCGCAGCGAGAUUUGGAGCGAAACCGAUUUUCACCGCCCAGAAAUAGAACGUUCGGGGUGUCGGUGGAUGCGGACAGCGUCAUGGUAUGACUUGCAAAGACAUUGUAUAUAGUUGAACUGAUUGCACUCAUGCUCAUGCAUAGAAAAUUUCUUCCUUAAACUGAAUCUGCAUGACAUUUUUCAUUUGUCAUGCUGAAGAAAUCUGUCAUGUGAAGAUUUCUGCUUAGUGCGAUAGUUUUGAUGCAAUGCAUACCCGGUGCGUCGAAACCAUUUUAUCGGCGAGGAUAUUCGGACGGUUCCUAACUGCUGUGUCGGAAGAAAAAACCGCUUCGCUGGAGGUUUGUCAUGCAUGAAAUGCAACACAGACCACGCAUUUGUCUCGCUACACAGGCAAGACCACUGGUUGUCAAGCGUGUUGUUUCUUCUACUUGGAAAGUAGCACGCAUGGCAGUUAUGUGUUGUAACUUGUUGUAAAGCAAAACUUGCAAAAGCAAAAUGAAAAUCUCCUUUCAGCGAAACAUUAUUUUUUUCUUACGAUAUACUGCGCCACGACUCCAAACAGCCUGUGGUGUUGCUGGAGCUCUUGGCGUACGCGUUGCAAAAGUAUCAUCUUUGUUUGCUAGUACGUAAUUUUUGCACGACAAAUUCUGUGCAGAGCAGUUUACAACGUAGUUUGCUGAUUGACGUUACAGAUGAAAUUUGUCAUGCUAACGUGAUCUUCAUUCCACUUACAUCACGGGCACAUCUACAACGGAGGAUACUUUUGCACAGGAUAUCUCUGUGGUGCUGCAUCCCAGGCGUCUAUUCAGUGAACGGGGCCGACUCAAUGCACGAUCCUUUUUCGAGCCUUUUCUUUUUUGACUUUUUGAAGGUAUUCAACUUAGCAGCGUUUUUUCUGUGCUUUAUUCUCUUCGGCAUCCUGUGCGCAUUUUCGGAGUCUUUUCGAAGCACGUUUUUCGGGGGGAGCGAUACGUAUUACAGCUAAAUGCAAAUUUUUUUAUGUAGUUGUUAAAAAAAUGAACUGGGCAAAUGAUGUAGAUGGAUCGCGUAUUAGCAAUUUCAUGUUUCUCGUCCGCAGUUGGUUUUGGUUCAUCUCCAAGAAAUGUCUGCGAAAAAUCGGUCGAUCAUUUGAUAGCAUCCCAGAGAAUGUUUCCUCCCACACAGAUGAUGCAGUGACAGUGUGGAUGUAGCAGAAGAUUUGGAUUUGCGUUUCUUCUUGCACCAAAGCACCGCCAAGCAAAAUGAAUUCAACGUAAAUGUUGAAAAGAUGAUCCCAUCCGUUCAGAGUUUGACC